AUGGUCAACGAGCUAGACGGCGGAGGCCCUUUUGGACCCGUCGUUAAUGGGACACAAAUUGUUUUUUAUCACUACCGGCCGAACGGAGAAGCGGGAUGGGCAUUCCUUGUUCUUUUUGCCAUUGGUGUCUUGGGCCACAUUGGGUAUAUGUUCUGGCUUCGGUCGUGGCAUUUCAUUCCUUUUAUUCUUGGGGGCGUCGGAGAGGCAUUCGGCUACUAUGGACGCGCAAAGGCACAUGAAGAUCCGACCCAUGUCGGGUCGUUUAUCCUCCAGAACCUGCUGAUUCUCGGAUCCCCGCCCCUGUUCGCCGCGACCAUUUACAUGAGCCUCGGCCGUAUCAUCAUAGCCCUCGACCUCCGACGACACACUAUGAUAAGUCCCCGCCUGACGGCCUUCUUCUACGUCGUCGUCGAUAUCAGCUGCUUCGUGACACAAGUCUUCGGAGCCGUGAUGCCCGCCUCGGGCGACCCAGAUGGCAUCAAGAUGGCCAAAACACUCAUCAUGUCUGGUCUGAUCGCCCAGCUUGCGGUGAUAUCUCUCUUCACGCUCUCAUGUUGGCACUCCCAUCGAUGCGCUCAACGAGAAGCGAGCGAGCUCAACGCCACGCGCGCAGGCAUCCAGUGGAGGAAGUACUAUCUGAUGACGUAUGCGGUCGCCUCUUUGAUGUUCGUCAGAAGUUUGGUAAGGGGCAUUGAGUAUCUCCAAGGCGAGGAUGGUUUCAUCAUGACGCACGAGGUUUUUCUCUAUCUCUUUGACGCCGUUCCCAUGGUUGCAAUCAUGUCGUUGUAUCUCUGGAUCCACCCAGGAAGAUUGGUCCGCGACAUAAGCCGUAUCAAGGAGUACACAUGGCCUGACGAGUCAAACAUAAUGCUGGAGAGGCGUUAG